AUGUCCGUCAAGUGUCGAGAAGAUCUAUUUCCUAAUGAUGGUGCUUUCAGGAGCUACGUGGUGGUAGCAGUGGCAGGUCUCCUGUUGGCACUCAUCUAUCCUCUAAAUCGCUCUGUAUCACUCACGGUCGACUCCUGUGACCGUGUCAUCGUCCAGAUCAUUGCCAGCGAUUCUCCACUAAUGACGAUGAUUGAACGCCUUCACACGAUUGGGAAUCUCCUUUUUGCCAUUGUGAUUCCGAUGUCACUCCUCGUGUUCAUGACGGUAUCAGUGGUGUGGAAACUUCUGCUGCGGAAGUCUGAAUUCCCGCAUUCGUCGCAUUUCACGUCUGAGAAGCGAUGCGUGACGAGGAUCACACUCAUCACGACAAGUCUCCAGCUGCUGGCCGAAUUGCCUCCGAUCCCGGUGUUCAUUCUGGCGGCGAUCAGCGGGCCACGUGUUAUCAACGAGAUUCCUGUAUGCGUGUGGAACACCGUCGGAGUAUUUCUUGGACUUUGCAAUAUGAGCUUGUCGUUCUUCGUCUACUUCACCUUAUCACAGAAAUUCCGUCAAAUGGUCUGCGAUCGCCUUCGAGAGCUUUCAUCGCGUUUUUUCCCGUGCUGUUGCUUGACGAGCGUGAAAUCAGGUUAUCAAACCGAGCCGUACAAUCCAAGGACGUUCCUCGGUGCUCGAAAAGGAAGUGAGUCUGAGUACAUGACGGAAACGUACUUGAUGGCCGAUCGAUCGCUGUCCGUACACGAGGAUUCAUUUCUGUGA